GUGUGCAAUAUUGGCACUGUGGAUGGUGCAGGAUAAUUUAAAGUAAUCUUGUUACCUGCUUCCUUAAAAUAAGGCGUAGCGGACAAUCGUCUUCGUUUCUCCGUAAAAACCGCCCGGAUCCUGUUUCGUGACCUUGGCUAUUUUAUUCGGGCAGGGCACAAGCAUUUUCUUCGCCCUGUCUCUGCUAUCAUGUCAGCAGUUUUCUCCAGUUAUCAGUUUCUAAAGCGCGUUUAAACGCGGUUUGAAGUUGUUCUUGACUCUGAAGGCCAUCUCGUCCGUAAAAGAGUAUAAAGAGACGCAACGCCUAAACGUCUCACGGUAACGGCUAAUCGACCUCCGAUAACUUUCAUCAGCACACUGGGAACCCAGGAUAGCGGAUAGCGGCACCAUGACCGGCGCGAAUAUUAACGAACCGCCACUGCAUCGUUCAGCCGAAACAGCCCAGUCAAGGAGCGGCGGACAUGAAGCGAUCCAGGCACUGGAUGAACAGUAUCAGCGCUUAAGGACCAUGUUGGCAGAGGACAAACGACUCGCCGCACAGGCCGGGACGCUGCAUCAGCAAAUAGUGGAACGCGACGCUGUCAUCGCGGAACUGCAGGCCACGGUGGGCAGUCUGCGCGCGGAGAUGGCCGCCAAGAACCAGCUGAUUGGCGACCAGCAGUUCCGUAAUAUGAAUCUGGAGACCCGCUUAGCGGAGGAGACGGCGCGCAGUGCUAAGCUCCUGCACUUCAACGCCACCGUGCAAGCGCUCUUCGCCAAACACCCGGAUGCGGUCGGACCAACGCAGAUGCCGGCGGCCGCUCCAUUUCCGCGUAUUGCCGCUGCUGGACAGCAUCCCGUGGCGGGUGUCGAUGGCGCAGCGGAGCUGGUGCCUGCAUUGCCCGCUCCAGUGCCACCGCUUCCGCUUGGAACGAUCGCCGAUCACGUGGAAACCAACAAGCAGCCGACGGCCGCCCCGCUGCUGCCCGUAGGCGGCGCCAUUCCUUUCUCGGGUGACGCGCGCGUGGCCCCGCCUCCUGCCCUCCCCACUGGGCAGUCCGCACAGCUCCCCGGAGCCCCGCACGUCCUCCUUGGUCAACUCAGUUCCGAUGUCCAUCCGUCCAUCGUGUACACGAAAUUCCAUCGCAACUCGACGGCAGCAGCCACGAACCGGGUCUCCGCGGGAACCAGCGGUUCCGUGACUGGCGCUACGGUGCCCCAUCGGGUGGAGGGCCAGCGUUCACGGACGGCGCAGGGCGUGCCGGCGAAACGCAGACGGCAGAUCUCGUUGCCGCCGGUAUUCCGCUGCAAAGUCUGCUUAGUGCCGCAUGCCAGUGCCGCGGCGCUGCAGUGGCAUGCGUGUCCGCGGCAGCCGCGCAUGGAUCUGUUUCCGUGCGGGGUGGAUGGCUGCGAGAAGACCUUGCGUAGCGCUGCCGGCAAGAAACGCCAUGUUACCAGAAUUCACAGCGGCAAGGUGCGACCGGAAUCCAUUAAAUGAUGGCUGCAUUUCGAUGCUGUUAACCAGGGAUGCUACUAAUCAUUAUGUCUUCUCUCUUAUUGUGUGAAGUAAAUCUUUUCUAUCCAUGACAUUGUUGUGUUCCCGUGUAUCUGCUUUGUUGUACCAGUACUUAGCAACGCAUUGAGUGCUGGUUGUAUUGAUGGCUGUUUUUGCUCAGGUCUCAUACUGGCUAGCUACCAUUUAC